AUGGAGGACAAGCAGCGGGCCGAAAACAAUGACAUCGAAUCCGCGCAGCCGUCGGCGGCAACCACAGACACCGACUCUCCCAAGGACGGCGACGCAAACCUCGUGGCGUGGGCGCCCUCAGACCCCGAGCACCCGCGCAACUGGCCCCGGCCUACCAAGUGGAAGACGACGCUGACCGUGUCCCUCUUCGUCUUCGUCUCGCCCAUCUCGAGCGCCAUGAUUGCGCCGGCGCUGGAAGACCUCGGCCGCAGCCUGGACAUGAAGGGCAGCGUCGAGGUCUACCUCUCCAUGUCCAUCUUCAUCCUCGCCUACGCCGUGGGGCCCAUCGUCUUCGGCCCCGCGAGCGAGCUCUACGGGCGAGUGGCCAUCCUGCACGCGACGAACCUGUGGUACCUGGUGUGGAACCUGGCCUGCGGCUUCGCGAACACCAAGGCCGAGCUCUUCGUCUUCCGCUUCCUGGCCGGCAUAGGCGGCAGCGCGCCGCUAGCCGUGGGCGGCGGCGCCGUGAGCGACAUGUGGAGUCCCGAGGAGCGCGGCAAGGCCAUGAGCACGUACACCAUGGCCCCGAUGCUGGGGCCGGUGGUCGGGCCCAUCGCCGGCGCCUUCAUCGCGCAGUACUCGACGUGGCGAUGGGUCUUCUACUCGACGAGCGCGGCGGCGGCGGUGGUCCAGGCCGUCGGGCUCCCCAUCGUCGCCUGCAUCGCCGUCUACAUGGCCUACCUCUUCGGCACGCUGUACCUCAUGUUCGCCACGUUCCCCGACGUCUGGACCGGCGUCUACGGCCAGCCCCGCGGCGUCGCCGGGCUCAACUACCUCUCCAUCGCGGUCGGGUGCAUCGCCGGCGUCCUGCUGCAGCUCGGCAUGGUCGACCGCGUCUACGGCCGGCUCAAGCGCCGCAACGGCGGCGUCGGCCGCCCCGAGUUCCGCCUGCCCAGCCUCGCCGUCGGGUCCGUCCUCCUCACCGUCGGCCUGUUCUGGUACGCGUGGAGCAUCGGGCGCGCGCACUGGAUCGUGCCCGACCUCGGCGCCCUGCUGUGCGGCGCCGGCGUCAUCUGCUGCCUGCAGGGCAUGCAGAUGUACAUCGUCGACUGCUACCAGGUCUACGCGGCGAGCGCCAUGGCCGCCUGCGCCGUCCUGAGGAGCCUUGCCGGCUUUGCGUUCCCCCUCUUCGCCUCCUACAUGUACGAGGAGCUGGGCUACGGCUGGGGCACCAGUCUUCUAGCCUUUGUCAGCAUCGGCAUCGGCUGGGUCGCCCCCGUGGUGUUUUGGGUUUGGGGGCCCAAGCUGAGGGCCAUGUCCAAGUUUGCUGCGGGCUGA